GACAGGUCUGCCCCAUGGCCAGAAGGGGCCAGGGUGAGGGGGGUCCCUUGCAUCUGAAGCAGAAAGAAUCGUCUUCCUGUGCCUUUAGUUUGGAAGGCUUUACACACAGGGUCUCUUCAAGACAUGCUGAGCGCUUCAUGUGCCUUCUGCUGUGUUAACACCUCGGAGCUCAGCUCUCAGUAAGCUUCUCCUGGGGAGAUCACCGCAGUGAGAGGAAGGCACAAGUGUGCAUAGUUGCACCAAAAUGUGCCUGCUGCUCCCCUGACUUGGGUCGUUGCUGCAGCCCAGAGGAUGGGAGGCUAGACUGAGGCCAUCUGUUCCUGAUGGUAGUGAAACCAGGAGAGGAAUCCCCGAGGACAGGUGUGUCUGCCUGAGAGUCACCCGAGGUGAAGGUGAUGGCAUAAGGUGCGUGUAGGGCAGGCUCUUCUUUACGGAGGGUGACGUGCUACAUCCUGGGAGAAAGCAGAGCCUCCCUGUCAGGACCGUUGCACAGGAAUGGAGCUGAGAUGAGUAGAGACUUGAAACCUGUCUUAUGCAAUCAGUGACAGGAUGUCGCUGAGAAGGUCCUCAGUGCUUGACCUGGUGUGAGGAUUCUUGGACACAGAGGUGGAUAAAGGGUUAUCCCCGUGUUUGUGGAGCUCUCUGUCUGGUAGCAGUGAACUCAUGAGCGGUGUAUUGGUGUUGGGGUCAACGGAGCAAGUGGUCCAUUUGGGCAAGGCAUGGCCUGGUGGGUGGUCCUGGAUCCUUUCUCUUUUUUCCCAACAGCUGCAUGGCCUUUCCUGGCUCCAUGGCCCUGGUUCCAGCCAGAUUCGGGGCUCUCAGGGUGCAGAUGACACCCGGACUCCAUGUUGCCUUAAAGCAGUCCACACUGCCCAGGUCUCCAGAGAAAACCGCAAAGAUCUGUAACUCCGACUAUGUCUUGGGGAAGUGGAGAAAUAAUGAGGCAAGUUUAGUAUGUCUUCUAGGGUCAUACCUGUCAUGAUGACUGGUGGUUAAUGGUUUUCUCUCUGAGAAGGUAAAUACUUUCCACACUUGCAGAUUCUCUCCCUAUUGAGCUCCAUGAAAGCAUUCAGUGCGUGCUUGUGUGAGAUGUGUUGUGCUGAUUCCCUUGCGGGGGAUGGAAGGGGAGGGUGGGAAUCCUUCCUGAAAAGAGUGUGAAGGUGGCAUUUCCCAGCUCAGCCUGGGUGUCUGUAGGCGAGAACAUCAAUGGCAGAAAGCACUAGGCUCUUCCUGGUGAAAGGAGAGGUACAAACAGGAGCAGUGACAGUGCCUGGCUUUUGCUUCCUGAAGCAUCAGGUCACAGGCCUCUAGAGACCCUCCCUCAGGAAGUGUCCCAGGUGCCAAGUGUCCUAGGUGAGUGUCACAGUUGUUUGUGUGGGCUCUCUCCCUGUGUUCAUUUCAUAGAUUCUGGGUAGAGUGUAGCACAUUCCAAAGAAUAAGCAGAGGGUUGGACUAGGAGAGACGGACUCGUGUGGUUGGACGGUGAAUCUCAAACAUUUCAAGAUCCCACUCAGAAAGUGACCUUUCAGGGAACAGAAUGCAUGGGUGGGCUUUAGCGUCAUGUAAUGUGAGAACAUUCAAUGCAUUUAGCAUCAUCUGGUGACUUGUGAAGGCAACAGCUUCUUCAGGUGACCCCAGUGAUGGCCCUACCUUCCAAAGAACAAAGAGAGCCACCGGCUUCCCCUGCUCUUAUGGGAACAGCAGGCCCUUGAAUGAAAAAAGCUGGGACCAUGGCUCUUCCUCUAGGGCUAUGGAAUCAAGGAGAUCCCAUGGCAGGUGACCUAGGAUGAGGUAGAGGAGAUUUUAUGACCAUGGCCUCAAAGGGGUGGAGAAAAUGGUGGAGGCUUUUGAAGCCACACGCGAGUAGGCUCAGAGGGACAUCACAUCUGAGAAAACAUGUUUAGCAAACUUAUGGACCUCGCGCUCUAUAAAUAUUUAUCCCAUGAUUUGCCGUCAUUGUGUACGUAACUAAGCUCUGUUGUAUUAGACGAGUAGUGAUUGGUUCGAGGCGGUCAGGAGUCUUCAUAUCAGCACACACACCUGAAAUGGAAGUGGUAUGUCUUUGGGGAAAAGGUCAAACUAAUAAAGGCAUUAUUUCUCAUUUUCUGAUUGUUUGUUUUUGAGCUAACGGAAGAUUUGACUAUCAAACUACUAUGCUGACUAUGAUGCUGAUUUAAACGUGGCUCUGAUGAUUUUGAUAAAACAAAGUGAAACACCUGUUUUGACAGAUUGCUGCAGUAGCAUCCAGGACUGUCAGUGGAAGUGGGGAAUGACAUGACACCACCUUUUGGACACCCAGCUGGCAAGAGGUGCAUCUGCCUCGGAGACACAGUGCCUAUCUCCAGACGAUCAUUUGUUCAGCAAUAGCCAUGCCUCCUUUAUGCAUAAUCAUUCAAAAUAUAUGUCUUUGUCAUCAGAAAAAUAGAUAAUCAAAUUGUGCUAUACUCCUAAAACAGAAUAUCUCUUAGCAUAAGUAUACAACCAAAUGACUGAUGCAACCAAUUGCGAUGGAGCCUCAAAACCAGACACUGGUUGAAAGAACACAGAGAAAGGGACCCUCCUGCAUCUUUACAAUUCAGUGACAUGCAAGAAUAAACAAAACUCAUCUGUGGGGAGAGGAUUCCGGCCCUGUUUGUCUGUGGAAGAUGGGAAUUGACUGGUAAGUAGCACGGGAGAAGUUCGGGAAUGGUGGAGGUGUAGUCUCUUGAUCUGGGUGGUGAUUCCACAAUGGAUACAGCAUGUUGAGUGUACUGAGCUGUGCUCAUAAGUUGUGUGUGUUUUUGUUCUAGUAACUUAUAUGUCAGUAUAGAAGGGAUGGCAUUAAGAAAGGGGGGUGACAAAGACAAAAAGAGUGACAGAUGGCAGCAAAUGGGUAACAGAUAUUCACCGUGUAAAUAAUAAGGAUGCGUUGAGAAGAAAACCAAAGUGACUGAGCAGAGCAAACACUACAGAGUAUACUUAAGAGAAAAGAUAAGGAAAUUUAAAAGUUCAACUCAUAUUAAAUGACAGACGGCCCUGUUGGGAAAAUCACCCCGGAACGACCAUCACAGACCUCAUCUCCAUUAAAAGUACUGUCAUUCUGUUGACUAUAAUGGGAGAAGGUGGGUUUUAAUGCCCAAGAGAAAUGGUUUCUAAUGCACAAUGCUUUCCUCACCAAAUGUGUGGUCUGGGGAAAUUUUAUAACCGCUGAGAUUUUCUUCAUAAGGAAAAUAACUUAUGAUUAUUCAGAUAGUUCAUAGGAUUAGAUACGAUCCCUUUAACUAUACUAGGUGCUGGGAACAUACCUGACUUUGUCCCUCCUUUGUCCACUGUGUAGUUAUGGACAGAAUACAGUUGGCAGGGAACAGAUAAGAUGUUCUCAAAUAAAUAUUCCCCACCCGCCAUUUCUAGAAAGAAGUCAUGUUCAUAAUUGAAGGAAUAGGAGAGGAACAAGAGUCUUUUGAACAGCCAUCCCCAAACCUUGACCUUGGCUAGUUUGCAUCUAAAAGCAGCCUUGGCAACAUCUUGGCCAGGACCAGCCCCUGCAGUGUUCCCUGUCUGGAAUGGAAUGAGGAGGUACAGUAGAGCUUAGAACAGCCUUGACCCACAGGUUUGAUCCCUGGCCUGGGAUCUCCGAAGUUUGGGUUGUUAGGAUUAUCCAAAAGCCAACAGGCUGCCCCAGUGAAGAGAAGAAUCUGACAUAACACAGAGAUGCAGCAAAAAGAGCACUGAAUUGGGACAGAAUACUUCUACUAAUUAUUCCUUCCCUUAGCAUUAUACUCAGCUUUUGUCCUACACGUUUAUGUCACAGAUCACAUUGGGGAAGCCCAAGGAAGAACUUCAUGACAGUCUAAACGUUUGAUGUCUUUCACUGGUGGACGAGAUUUAGAAUGUGUUAACAUUUCCAGAGAAGGUGGGGGGACUUCGUGAGAGCCCUUAAGACAAUAGGACAUGUUGGGAAACUACUUGUGUCUUGAUUUUUGGGUAAACAGAGGAGAGUGAAGAUGAGAGCUCUGCGCAGAUGUGUUUUGGAGGGAGGGAGCUAGCGCAGUGGUAUUAGCACAAGUGCAGACACCUAUGAAGUGUGGCUGCUGAGGGGGUGUCCCCAUGGCUGGCGACCUUCCCAAGGCACCAGGCAGCCUUGUGUAUCAGCAUGGCCUAGGCCUCUGAAUCCAGGGGCCCCCAAGAUUCCAUCAACCCUCCCCCCACCUUCCAGUUCUGUUGUGGCAACUCCAGACAGUUCCCUGGCACCCUGGGUCCCCCUUCCUCACGCCAGGCCCCGUCUGAUCUAUAGGCAGGGUCCUGGGCUCUGAGCUCUAGCAUCUUGAACUUGGUUUCUGUGGAUACAGGCCCUCUGGUGUUGUGGGGUGUUGAUUCGCGUGUGCCCAAUGGCCCUGGCUCUCCUGCCACGUGUCACCAUGGCAGUGUCUCUUGGCCCUUCAUCAGACUUGAGGGCACAACACAAACUCAUGCGAGAGAACCAGGAGCUUCAGCGGCAGCUGGCCCAGAGCAAGCAGGACUUCCGAGACCUCAGGGAGAAAUUCCUUGUAUCCGAAGCUACUGCCUACUCCCUGGCCAACCAGCUGCAGAAAUACCAGUGUGAAGGGCACAGAGACAUCAUUGAAUCCGUGCUGGGGGAGAAGCUAGAGUUUAAGGUGGUGAAGCUGGCAGAGAGGCUGGCAGAGGAUCCAGCGCUGGCCAAGAGGUUCCGGGAAUUGGAUGUCCUGAUUCACGCUCAGGCAAGAGAGCUGACCCAGUUACGGCAGAAGGUGAAGGAAGGGAGGGAUGACUGUGUCCUGCUCGUUCAGCACCUCACCGACCUCCUCACCCACAAAGACCUUGACAAGGACCAGGGGCAGGGCUUGCGAGAGCAGCUGACUGAGGGACACAGGCUGGCAGAGCGCCUCGCCCGCAAGUUCAGCCCAGAGAGUGAUGAAGACGAGAAGGAGGACGACGACGAAGCAGCAGCACUCACCCCCAGCGUGGAAGUGCAGGAGGUUGCAAAGGAGGAGGUGCUACAGGAAUCCCAGGAUGAAUGCAUUUCGACCCCUUCAGUGGUCCAGGAAAGGUCUGACUGCACCCAGCCUUCGGGUGAUGGCACAUGUGCAUCUGAUGAGCCAAAAGUUGGCCCUGCUGCAGAUGGAGCCUGUGCUGGCUCCCACGCCAAAGAGGAUGACGUUCCAACCCCUCACCCAGCAGAAAAUCAGAAUGGUCAUGAGGAAGUGGAUGGACAAGAGCCACUGCCCCCCAGCGCGGAGUUGCAGGAGGUUGCAAAGGAGGAAGUGCUCCAGGCGUUCCCAGAUGAAGCUGUUUUGGCUCCUUGCAUUCAGCAGGAAGGUUCUGACUGCUACCCGCCUUGCAGUGAUGGAAAACUGGCAUUUGAUGAACAGAAAAAGGGGUCUGCUCUGGAUGGAGCCUGUGGUUGCUCUCCUGCUGCAGAGGGUGAAAUUCCAGCUGGUCCCCCAGAAAACCCACAUGAUCGUAAUGGGGUGAAAGAACCAGAGCCACCUGUCCCCAGGCCUCCGUCCCCCACCAGGCUCCGCGGGGAGCUGCCGCCGAUGGCAGAGUGUGGUGUCCCACUGAACUCACUGGAUGGAAGCGCUUGGUCUUGCCCAGGUCUUCCCGACCUGUCGGACUCCUUCUGGCCUUACAGGAGUGCUGCCACCCUCUCAUUUGAGAACAUGGAUGUCCCUGAUGCUCACGAUGCAACCAGUGACACCUGGGGGGAUUGUCACAAAGUGCCUUUGAGUUUUGGAAGGCCAGAGAUGCAAAGUUCACAAGCUCAGCUGCAGACAAGCACCCAGGUGGCCAAUGAUCUGCAGCUGCCCCUCAGCCAGCAUUUAGAUCGUGGUGAUGGCAAAGCCAGGCUCCGCCUUUCCUCCAACAUCCAGGGCUUUACUGCCAACACUGAUACUGGGAACCAAGGGCCACUCUUCCGAGAGCUGGGUCUGGAUGCUUCCAUCGGAAUGAAGACCCCUCCCAAGCUGGAGGGUGAGGGCUCAGCUGCCAGCAGGCAGGAGUGUCACGUGUGUCACCGCCUUCAUGCCUUAAGUUUCCUGAAAGAGAAGAUUAUCCAAAGAAAACUGCAGUUCAGCAAGUGGAGACUGGCCUGCAGAUUCCCUGGCCUCCUUGCUUAGGCUACCGAGGUAUCUGUUACUUCCAGAACGAAGAAGAGUUAUUGCCCAACCCC